AUGGGAUGCAUGAACUCCGAGCCACAGGCCACACACGAUGCCACAACCGCCCUCACAACCAACACCCUCUCAUCAUACGAAGCCCACCGCCGCCAACAGGCCAAAGCCCUCCUCGACCGGAUCACCACCACCCUCAGCCCCCACAUCACCCAAUUCCUCGCCUCCCAUGGCCCCAACUGCACUCCCGGCAGUGAAGCCUCCUUCGUCAUCCAUGCCCUUAACUACGCCCGCAGUCAAUGGUCCAUAGCAGCACACGGGCCUUUGCCGCUCGCGGCGGUCAUGUUGCGUUGGAGCAUGUGGGGAUGGUUCAUCCGGGUGCUGGGGAAAGGGGGGGUGAGGUGGGAGCAGCAGGCGUGGCCGGUGGUAUUGCCGGUUAGGGGGCUUGGGGAGCAGUGGGAGGAGGGGGAGGAGGGGGAGGAGGAGGUGAGGAGUGGUGGAAUAGGUGGCAGGCGGAAGAGGAGUGGGUGGGAUACACCUGAUUAUGGGGACAAGAGUCACGAUAAUAGGUUCGUGGAGAACGGGAGGGAAGGGCCUGAAGUUUGGGAAGCGGUAGUCAAGACCGAGCCUGAAGAGCCUGAAGAUCAGGAGGUCAAUAGGGAUUUUGAUCAGGAUGUCUAUGAUCUUUUCGCGGACGCUUGGGAAUAG